CCAGAACAACAGGAGCGCCUGAAGAAACUGAAGUCUGAGCAUGAAAAGGUUCAACUGGGGAACAUUAGAGUUGAUAUGGUACUUGGUGGAAUGAGAGGAAUGACAGGUUUGCUGUGGGAAACCUCAUUACUGGACCCUGAAGAGGGUAUACGCUUUCGAAAUUUGUCAAUACCUGAAUGUCAGAAGAAGUUACCAGCGGCAAAGCCUGGUGGGGAGCCAUUGCCUGAGGGUCUCCUUUGGCUCUUUUUAACAGGAAAGGUACCAAAUAAAGAGCAAGUAGAUGCAUUAUCCAAGGAAUUACGAAGCCGUGCCACAGUUCCAGAUCAUGUGUACAAAGCUAUUGAUGCCCUUCCUGUUUCAGCUCAUCCAAUGACCCAGUUUGCAAUGGGUGUCAUGGCUCUUCAGGUACAGAGUGAAUUCCAGAAAGCAUAUGAGAAGGGGAUCCAUAAAUCGAAGUACUGGGAGCCAACAUAUGAGGACUCUCUUAGUUUGAUUGCUCAACUACCAAUAGUAGCUGCUUAUGUCUAUCGCAGGAUUUACAAGAAUGGGCAAGUUAUACCCAAGGAUGAUUCCCUAGAUUAUGGUGGAAAUUUUGCCCACAUGCUUGGAUUUGAUAGUCCUGACAUGCAGGAGCUUAUGAGGCUUUAUGUCACCAUUCACACUGACCAUAAAGGUGGGAAUGUUAGUGCUCACACUGGUCAUCUAGUAGCUAGUGCCCUUUCAGAUCCGUACCUUUCAUUUGCAGCUGCAUUAAAUGGUUUGGCUGGACCACUCCAUGGCUUGGCUAAUCAGGAAGUUCUGCUAUGGAUCAAAUCUGUGGUAAAGGAGUGUGGUGAGAACAUAACCACGGACCAGUUGAAAGACUAUGUUUGGAAAACACUGAACAGUGGAAAGGUUGUUCCUGGAUUUGGACAUGGGGUUUUGCGUAAUACAGAUCCAAGAUACUUGUGUCAGAGGGAGUUUGCAUUGAAGCAUGCUCACCAUAUGAACAUUACCUUUGCAGAAGCAAGAAGGGUAGCUUCCCAGUAUCAGAGGGAGGCAGAAAAAUGCAAUGCUGCCACAGAGACUUGUGCCCAAGUUUGUCAUCUUGUUAAAGCAAACAAAUUCACUCUCUCUCUCUCUCUCAUCUUUCCACUUUCAAACCCACAAUCCUUUUUUUAAUCAACCCACUCCCUCACUUUCUUUAAACCCCUCUUUCACUCACAUGGGCUUGUCCCCUCUCUCUCCUCCGUUUGAUUUCAAAAUCCAUUAUUUUUAUUUAUUUUCUCCAAACCACUUUCCUUAUUUCCCCAUCUUUCAUUUUGAUUUCAAAUAUAUUUUUAUUAUUUCUUUCUUUAUUUUUCUUUCACAUUAUUUUUAAUCUUUUUCAAAUUCCAUUCAUACCAUAUAGCUUUGCAC